AUCAACGAGUCAUAAGAAGGUUUUCUGAGAAAGGCAAUAUAAUCAACUUGCCGUGCAGUCUCCUUCUCUUCUUUCUAACUUGGUUCCGGGCGGAGUCUGUCAAGUUUGCUAUCUUGCGAAACAACAACUUUCUCUACUCACACACGGUCCUUCAGCAUGCACAUUCUUUGUCUACACGGAGCCGGCUCAAACUCUCGAGUCUUCGAGAUCCAAACCGCAGCCAUUCGGUACGAACUCGGAGAUAACCACACCUACGACUUCAUCGAAGGCAACAUCUCUGCCUCAAUGCAGCCGGGGAUCGAACUCAUCGCGACCAAGGACGAGCCGAUGUACGCUUACUUCCACGAGAAGAACCCGGAAAGCGGAGUCGCCGCCUACCGACACCUGGAGGAGCUGCUCUACCACGAAGGGCCCUACGACGGCGUCAUCGCGUUCAGCCAGGCAGGCACGUUGAUCCUGACCUACCUCGCGUAUCUCGCCAAACAGAAGCCGAACAGCCCCCUGCCAUUCAAGUUCGCCAUCAUCCUCUCAAUCACCCACCCACCCCUGGACUACGGUGCCAUUCAAAGCGGGGAAAUCCGGACGAUAGACCUCGGAGCCUACAAGGAUGUGGUCCGCAUCCCCACGGCGCACAUCUGGGGCUCGCAGGAUCGGGCGGCGAGCGCGAUUGCGGUGACAAAUACCAUAUGCGCGGCCGGGGUGCGGUGGGUGUAUGUGCAUGCACUAGGGCAUGACAUUCCCCGGGCCGGGGCCAGGAGCGAUGUAACCCAAACUGUGCACGUCAUUCGCCGGGUCAUCGAUGCCGCAUCUUAAGCAGAGUAACUAGGACUGCACCCAUUGUAAAGUACCACUAGUGGAUGUACAUCAUUUAGUUGUGACACGAU